AGACGUUUAGUAUUGUACAUGUACUGCGUUUAUUAUUUGUAAACUGAACUGUUUGAGAAAACUACAAUAUGGUGAUUCGUAUAUACUGGGCCAGUGUGACCGGCAAUCGCAAGGUAGACGGCGAGCAGACGCGACUACGGAACAUAAUUGAAAGUCUGAAGCUUGAAUCGCAGUGGGUGGACAUUACAACUGACCCGUUGAUCAAGCAAAAGAUGCGAGACGAAUGUGGUAAUCAGCGGGCGAUGCCACCACAGAUUUUUAAUGAUGAAAAAUACUUAGGGAGCGUAGAAGAUAUGGAAAUAUUUAUUGAGGAAAAGCGGUCGCAAGAUUUUUUCAACGGAAAUUCUGUUACCCUAACUGACGGUCCUACUAUGGCCCAUGACGUCACGAAUGACGUCACUGCGGAGGUAUUCACGCAUAACCGGAAUAAUUCCAACGGUGCUUCACCGACCUCUAGUAUAGAAAACGAGCCCAUAGUGGCUUAUAAAGCUAGAGAACAGGAAAGCGAAGUCAAAAGCUAUCUGCCGCCACCUAGAAAGAACGUUCUCGCCGCUGUCGGCGCCUUUGAGUCGCUUAAGGAUGCCCCGCCUAAAACUGAGACAACAAAAGUCAUUUUUACAAAAUCAAAGCAGAGUACAGAACACCCCAUUGCCACAGACGAGGAACGAAAACGUCGAAUUCUUGGCCUUUCGUCGCGUGAUAACUCAGAGAUACCGAGUUCAAAACCAGCCUCAUUCAACGGCGAACGGUCGGUAAACAAGAUACCGGUCGCUACGUAAAACUGCUUGGUGAAAUUUUGUUGUAGUUUUCUAUUCUAGUGUAUUUACUGUGGAGCAAAAUACCAAGAUAUAAGAACUUUUGUUGCAGCGUUGAGUUAUCAUGGUUUCGCAAGUUGCAGCCGUGUUUUGAACUGGUCCGCUCCUUAUUUUGCUAGUAUAGUAGGGUGGGGGGAGAUAAGACACCUUUUCAUUCCAUUUUCUUUUCUUAUAUGAAGGUAAACAAAGUACAUAUUUUUUUUGAAAAGUUCCGAAAGACUGGGAUAUAGGGAUAUUAUGGGCUGAAGGUGUCCAAUCUCCCCUCAUUGGACUAUACAAUUACUCUUACAUUCGCUGCCGAAAUCUCAUGCAGUAUACAAGUCAUAACGUUGUGUUUGCUUUCAUCGUGUUUGUAUUUAGAUAAAAAAAUCAAAAAUAUGAAAAACUUAUUUUUCCCAAAUUUUUGCGUUAUUUGUCAAGGCGACAUUGUGUAGCGAUUUUUCUACUUUUUAAUAUUUGAUUUUGCGUACUAUGUAUGUGCUUGCAAAUAAAGUGUGAAUUCAA